AUGACCAUUUCAGAAUUGAUUGAAAAAUCACAGCACGCAUUGACCUCAUUGGAUUUGGCCAAUGAACUUGAUGCCAACAAUACACUUUCUCAAUACCGAAAUGAAUUUGUUAUUCCUACACGUCGCAUGGUAUCUGGGGAAACAUCAAUCUAUGAAACAGAGAGUGAUUUAGAUCAGCCUUGCACUUACUUGUGUGGUAACUCUUUGGGUUUGAUGCCCAAACGCUCUCGUGAACUUAUCAACGAAGAAUUGGAUGCCUGGAGUAAAAGAGGUGUUGAAGGUCAUUGGAAUCAUCCUUAUGGUAGACCUUGGGCCACUGUAGAUGAGCUCGUCAAGGAGCCCUUGGCACAUUUAGUUGGUGCCAAUCCCUCUGAAGUCACUGCCAUGAACACCUUGACCUCCAACAUUCAUUCCAUGUUGAUUACUUUCUAUCGACCUACCGAGAAGAGAUUCAAGAUCUUGAUUGAACAAAAGGCAUUUCCUUCAGAUCAUUAUGCAGUCAGUUCUCACCUUCACUCCCGAGGCAUUGACCCCAAAGUGGGUCUUUUAACCAUUGCACCUCGUGAAGGAGAGCACACGCUUCGCACUCAAGAUAUCAUUGAUCUCAUCAACAAGGAUGAUGAAAUUACAGUGGUUAUGCUUUCUGGUGUCCAAUACUACACUGGCCAAUUUUUCGAGAUUGAAAAGAUUACAAAGGCUGGUAAAGAAGCUGGCUGUGUUGUUGGUUGGGACCUUGCACAUGCUGUGGGUAAUGUGCCUUUGCAAUUGCAUGAUUGGAAUGUUGAUUUUGCUUGUUGGUGUUCCUACAAGUACCUCAAUUCCGGCGCUGGUGGUAUCGCUGGAUUGUUUAUCCACGACAAAUACAACAAUGAUCAAGAUCGCCCUAGAUUGGCUGGUUGGUGGGGUAACCAGAAAGAAAACCGUUUCGAAAUGCGUCCCGAAUUUCAACCCAGCGAAGGUGCUUCAGGUUACCAAUUAAGUAAUCCCAGCAUUUUCACCACCAUUUCACUCUUGGGAUCACUUGAAAUCUUUGAAAAGGCAGGUGGUAUCCAAGCAUUGCGUCAAACCUCAUUCAAAUUAACUGGCUAUCUGGAAAAGCUGCUCUUGAAGGAAUUGGAGCAAGAGUUUAGCCAAGAUUUAAUCCGCAUUUUAACACCAAGUGACCCUCAACAGCGUGGAUGUCAGCUGUCAUUGGAGUUCCCAAACAAAAUGAUGCAAGUCUUUGAUAACCUUCAUGCUCGUGGUGUCAUUGUGGAUGAUCGUAAGCCUACUGUCAUCCGUGUUGCUCCUGCUCCGCUCUAUAACACGUUUAGAGACUGCUUUGAUUUCGUUCAACAUCUGAAGGCUGCCAUGAAGGAUGUUUAUGCAAAAUAA